AUGGCCACCACCUCGCUCGCACUGCUCGAUCAUCAGACGCUGCAGCUGCCAUCACCGCCGGCGGUGGCGUACAACGGCGGCCGCUCCGACCGCCUGAGCCAGGAGAUCUUCUCCAUCCUCGAGUCCAACUUCCUGUUCGGCGCGUCGCCGCUGGAGGGCGGCGGCGCGUGCUCCGCGGGCCGCGUCCGCGUGCUCUCCAUCGACGGGGGCGCCGACGGCGGCGCGCUCGCCGCAGCCGCGCUGGUCCGCCUGGAACGCCGCCUGCAGGAGCUCUCCGGCAACACCGCCGCGCGCGUCACGGACUUCUUCGAUCUGGCCGCCGGCUCCAGGGCCGGCGGAUUCCUCGCGGCGGCGCUGUUGACGUGCCGGAUGCCCGCCGAGGCGGCGCGCGAGUUCGUGGCCAAGAACAGCAAGGUCCUGUCCGGGGGGCGCGGCGGGGGCCUGAUGUCGAUGUCGUUCUGGCGCGCCCGCCCUGAGGCCUUGUUCCGGAAGGUGUUCGGCGACCUGACGGUGCGCGACGCCGCUGCUGAUCCCGUGCUACGACAUGGCGAGCGUGGCGCCGUUCGUGUUCUCCCGCGCCGACGCCGUGGAGGCCGACGCAUUCGACUUCCCACUGUGGCAGCGCACCAGGCUGCACGCCGCGGCGGAGCGGCGGGGGCCGGCGGGGGUGGAGUGUCCGCCGUUGUGGCCAACCCGAUGGCCGUGGCGCUCAUGCACGUGCUCCACAACAAGCGUGAGUUCCCCUUUGUCGCCGGUGCGGCCGACCUCGCCGUGCUGUCCCUCGGCGGGAGCGCGCCCGCCGCCGCCUCCUCGCUGGGUCGCCCCUCGUCCUCCAGCCUCCUGCGCAUCGCCGGAGCCUGCCAGGCCGACAUGGUUGACCAGGCCGUGUCGAUGGCGUUCGGGGAGAGCAGAGCGACCAACUACGUCCGCAUCCAGGGCAACGGCAUUACGCCCGGCGAGACGGCGGAGGCGGCGCUGGCGGAGCGGGGCGUGGAGUCGGUGCUGUUCCGUGGCAAGAAGCUGAUGGCGCAGACCAACGGCGAGCGGCUGGACGCCGUGGCGGAGCAGCUGGUCCAGGAGCACCACCGCCGGCUGGAGAGCAAGACCGCCGUGGUGCUGGUGAAGCCCUCCGCGACGCCGCGGACGUCGUCGUCGUCGGCGUCCACGCUCAUCACCGUGUCAACCAACUCCUCGUCGGAGUCGCCCUGA